UUCGUUCGUAGUGACAGAACUUGGAUCAAAAUAUUUUUGUUUGUGAAAUAUUGCAGUGAAGAAUUUUUUGGCUAAAAAAUAAUCAUGGGAAAAAUAUUUCUGGACCACAUCGGUGGGGCUCGUUUAUUUCUCUGCGCAGCUUGUGAUGUGGUUUUAACGAAUCGUUCAGAACUUAUAAGCACUAGAUUCACUGGGGCUACAGGUCGUGCUUUCCUCUUUCACAAAGUGGUGAACCUAGUUUACUCUGAGGUGCAAGAUCGCGUGAUGCUCACUGGGAGACACAUGGUACGCGAUGUGUCCUGCAAGAACUGCUGCACUAAACUUGGAUGGGUGUAUGAGUUUGCUACUGAAGAAAAUCAGAGAUACAAAGAAGGUAGAGUCAUUUUGGAGAGGGCUCUAGUGAAUGAAGCAGAAGGCUUUGAAGAGAUUCAAGUCAACAAUGAUGAUUAAAGACAAAUAAUUGUUAUAAAAAUAGUAUAAAUUUAUAAAUAAGGUGUAGUUUGUAAGAGAUGAUUUGUACCUAAUUAUAGAAGUCACUCAAGAUAAUUAAUUAUUAGUACCAAAUUUGGUUCAGUUGUUUUGAAUAAACAAAAUGCCUUAAAAAUCAUAAUUAUCCAUAGAGUUAGUAAUUGUUAAUAUAUCAGCCACAUACUCACACAUUAAUAAUCAAUCAGUUUACAAAUGUUAAAGCAAUCAAAGAUAAUUGUUUUCAUUGUUUUAGUUUAUGCAGAACCUGUGUAUAAGAUGAUGUUUUUAUUAGGUACAAAUCAUCUCACAUGGCAUUUAAAGUUAAAACUCAGAAAGGCAAAUAUACAGACAAAUGUCAUUUAAUAAUAUUUUAUAGUGUUCA